CAGUCGUGUCCUUUUUAGACAAACGUCAGCUUUGUGAGAUCUCUUCACAAGUUUUGACCAAUUCACACGCCGACUGUCUGCUGUUCAUUUGACGUGGACAUCAGUUUUAAGAGGGGCUCAGGGUUUCAACUCGUAUCGGGACAAAUACAUCACAAUGCCUGGACCAGCAGCAAGCGCAACCAAUGUGGGGACAUCUAGCCGGUCCCCCAGCAAGACAGUGGCUCCCCGUGCAGCAGGCUCCACAGUCAGACAGAGGAAAGCCACCAGCAGCGGUACACGCAGCGGUGGCAGGACCACAGGAUCGGCAGGCACCGGUGGCAUGUGGCGCUUCUACACAGAAGACUCGCCAGGCCUCAAAGUUGGCCCGGUGCCAGUGCUGGUGAUGAGUCUGCUCUUCAUUGCUUCGGUCUUCAUGCUGCACAUCUGGGGGAAGUACACCCGCUCUUAAACUCCGGCUGAUGACCUCUGACCCUGCGCCUCGGCUUCUUAACACAUUGGACCUGGACCAAACAACAAGUGAACAACAACCAUACUCCCCUGGUUCCCCUCUGCACUAUCACUACAACACACACACAGACACACAAACUUCAUUUUUCUAUGCUACCGUUUCAGUACAUGAUCUUCAUCUGCACUGAAGUUGGUAUCCACCUUGUUGCUUUUGCCCCUCCCUGUGUUUUUAUGAUCUGAUGGGGUGAACGGGAAGAAGCCAUGCUAGCACACUUCAGAUGUAAUGUCUGUGUGUAUGUGGCACUCCUUCCAAGCAGCAGCUGCGUGAAAGUUCAGUGCAGUACUCAUGGACAUUGUUGUUUUCAGGCCCGAGCAAAUAUUUCCUCUUGUAGCCUGAAUAGCAUUUUUUUUUUUGUUAACAGCAUUUGUACAAAUGUAAUUGUAAUAUUGUACAAUAAAAAAAGUGAAAUCUGUGUGUGUGUGU